AUGAAAGCAAUCCUCAUCCCCGAGUUCGCACCGGACCCCUCAACCCUCCAACCUUCCGAAGUCCCCACCCCACCACCAAAACCAGACGAAUACCAAAUCUCCAUCACGCACUGCGCGCCUCAACACGCCGACAUCCUGCACGCCCAAGGCAAACACCAAAACAACAACGCCAAAAAAGGCUGGUGUCACCCUCCCUUCAUCCUAGGCUACGAUUUCGCGGGGAUCGUGCGCUCCGUCCCAUCAUCACCAUCAUCCGCAACCUCAAGGCCGAAAUUCAGCAAAGGCGACCGCGUCUUCGGAAUCGCGAUAGGUGCUUUUGCGGAAAGCAUUUGUGUCAAAGAAGCCGCCAUCCGCCGGGUGCCGGAUGGCUUGUCGAACGAGACGGCGUGCGCGAUGGCCGGGCAGGCGGUGAGUUAUGCUUCCGUGCGGCACGUGGCGGACGUGCAAGCGGGGGAGACGGUGAUGGUCAGCGGGGCUAGUGGAGGUUUGGGCAGCGUGUGUUGCAUGGUUGCGAAAGCGCUGGGGGCGAAGGUGGUGGCGCUCGCGGGGGAUGCGGAGAAAGCGGAGGCCAUGCGGAGGGAUAUGGAUGUUGAUCUUGUGGUUGUGAUGAACGAUGGGCGAGACUGGAUGGCGGAGGUGAUGGCGUUUACUGAGCAGAGGGGCGUGGAUGUGUUUUUGGAUAACAUCGGGAUGGUGAACGAUGCGAUUCGGUGUCUGGCGUAUUUUGGCCGGAUUGUGAUUAUUGGGUUUGCGGCCAGGAAGGGCGUCAUGGAGGAGGUGAAGAUGAACAAGUUGCUGCUCAAGUCGAUUACGAUUAUGGGGUAUCGGUUUGGGGAGAGUGGGAGGCGGCAUCCGGCGCUUUUGGAGAGGAUCUGGGCGGGGUAUUUGGGGAUGCUGCAGAAGGGGGAGUUGAAGCCGAUGCUGUAUGGGGAUUAUCGGGGGCUGGAGGAUGUGGGGAGGGCGUUGGGGGAUUUGGCGGAGAGGAGGGUGUAUGGGAAGGUUGUGGUCAAGGUAGCGGAUGAAGAGGAGUUGUCGAGGUUAUGA